AUGGCGUUAAUCUCUUCUCGUCGUCAAUGGAAAUACGAUGUGUUUCUAAGUUUCAGGGGGGAAGAUACCCGCUUGGGUUUUACCACUCAGCUGUAUUCGGCACUAAUUGGGAAAGGAAUUCUCACCUUUAUGGAUGACGCAGAGCUUGAGAAAGGAAAAUCCAUUAGCCCUGAACUUUUAGCUGCAAUUGAAGACUCUAGAUGUGCGAUUGUCAUUCUCUCACGGAGAUAUGCUUAUUCGUCAUGGUGCUUGGAUGAACUCGUCAAGAUUAUUCAAUGCAUGAAAGAGCUGGGCCAACAAGUCCUCCCCGUCUUCUACUACGGCGUGAAUCCUUCUGAGGUGCGGCACCAAAGGGGAAGGUUUGAGCUCAAAUGGGAACACCAAGUAGAUGUGGAAGUAAGGGAACAUGAAGAAGUUUAUGGGAAGCAUGAGGACAGACUAAAUGCCUGGAGAGCUGCUUUGACACAGGUGGCCAAUCUUUCUGGCUGGGAUUUCAAGAAUGAUUCGUAA